CCGAUGCUUUUCGUUCUAUUCGCGAGAUCCGUUGUCAGUCUGUGCUAAUUAUAUUUUAAGAUUCGACAUUCUGCCUUUCAUCGAUGUGUGGCAUGAUUUUUACUCUCGAUACGUAUUAUUCUUAUAUAUUUUAAUAUUGUGGAACCGUCAUCGUCGAACAUUUGAUUUUCAUAUUAUUCGAAUAACCUAUGACUUUAAAACUGUGAAAACAAUCAUUGCAAUAUAAUCAGUUACUACGUUCGUGUGCCAGUGUUACAAUUUUGAAUAUUUAUAGUUUCUGUACUUUUCAAAUUUUAGCCUCAAAAUUCUUGUUUAUUUUUCAUUGAAGAAUGUCGAACAUAAAUAGUAAUUCUUCAUGCUCGUGUGUCAGUGAGGAAGAUGUACAUAUCAAAAGAGAUACGGAUAUUGACAAAGAACCUCAGUCUGCAAUUCCUACAGAAAGUAACCUAUUAAUUAUAAAAUUGUUUCUGUAGUUCGAUUAAAUUUCUUAAAAAUACCAUACUCUGUUUUAUAGUAUUUCGAUUAGAUGAAGUAGACGUAAUAUCCAAUUGUACAUCACGAAAAACAUUAUUAAUGUAUAAUGGAAAUGCAGAACCUGUUGAUACUGACCCUAGAUUACGAUUACAAGAAACAGUACAUAAACAGAAUUAUAGAUUAUCGGUUGUAUUUCCACAAGUGAGCUAAACUUGUAAUGACAGUGUCAGGCAUUGGUUGUUAUAUUAAUAAAUACUUUGACCAGAUGUUUACAAGAACUUAUUUUGAUUCCAUACCAAACCUAUAUGACAAAGUUAACGCUCGAGCAGCGAAGAGAUCCAGUAGUCACUACGUACAUACAGAACCCACCCAGAUAAACGUCCAUUAUUACAAAAUGGCUGAAGACCUGGCAGCGCAAAGGUUUAUAAAACCUGGUAGCCAUAAAGGUAAAGGUCUUGCUGUCUUUACUAGUGGAGGUGAUUCCCAAGGGAUGAAUGCUGCUGUUCGAGCAGUUGUUAGAAUGGGUAUUUAUUUAGGAUGUAAAGUCUUUUUCAUUAAGGAAGGCUAUCAAGGCAUGGUAGACGGUGGAAAUAACAUUGUCGAAGCAACCUGGUCCUCUGUGUCUUGCAUUAUCCAUAGAGGUGGUACAGUAAUUGGUUCUGCGAGAUGUAUGGAAUUCAAAGAACGUGCUGGUCGUAGAACAGCUGCCAAAAAUUUAGUAACUCGUGGCAUAACUAAUUUAGUUGUGAUUGGUGGUGAUGGUUCUCUUACCGGUGCAAAUCUCUUCAAAGAAGAAUGGGCCGAUUUGUUGAAAGAACUGGCCGACGCAGGUGAAAUAACUAAAGAACAAGCAGAAAAGAAUCAGCACUUGCAUAUUGUCGGUUUAGUGGGUUCUAUCGAUAAUGAUUUUUGCGGAACUGAUAUGACCAUUGGUACCGACUCCGCACUGCAUCGUAUUAUCGAAAGUAUCGAUGCAAUCGUUAGUACAGCUUACUCUCAUCAAAGGACAUUCAUUAUGGAAGUUAUGGGUCGCCAUUGUGGGUAUCUGGCCAUUGUGGGUGCUUUAGCUGCAGAAGCAGAUUUUGUUUUCUGCCCGGAAUCACCACCGCCUGUUGACUGGCCUGAUAAACUAUGUAAAAAAUUGGAGCAGGAAAGACUUACUGGCCAACGUUUGAAUAUUAUUAUCGUAGCUGAGGGUGCAGUGGAUAGAAAUGGUCAACCAAUUACCGCAGAAAAAGUUCAUAAAGUUGUCGUUGAUAAACUACAACAAGACACCAGAAUUACUGUCCUCGGUCAUGUUCAAAGAGGUGGAAAUCCUUCAGCCUUCGACAGAGUUCUGGGUUGUCGAAUGGGUGCAGAAGCUGUAAUGGCUUUAAUGGAGGCAACACCGGAAACAGAAGCGUGUGUGGUUACAUUGGAUGGAAAUCAGGCUGUUCGAUUGCCGCUGAUGGAGUGCGUACGUCGCACCAAGGCGGUGGCACAAGCCAUGGCGGACAAAAAUUGGGAUUUAGCUGUUCAACUUCGUGGAAAGGGAUUUGCUCGCAACUUGGAGACAUACAAGAUGUUGACUCGCUUGAAAGCACCGGUUGAUCAUGAUCCCAACAAGGAGAGUAAUGGCCCCACAUUAACGAAGCAAUUCACCUUAUGCGGACAAGAUCAUUACACGUUAGCUGUGAUGCAUAUAGGAUCGCCUUCCUGUGGUAUGAAUGCAGCUGUGCGUUCCUUCGUUAGAAAUUGUAUAUAUAGAGGUGAUAAGGUUUACGGCAUUUGCGACGGAAUACUAGGCCUUAUGGCUGGGAAAUUCAAACCAAUGAAUUGGCCUUCUGUCACCGGCUGGGUAGCACAAGGUGGUGCAUACUUGGGGACAAAACGGGCUCCUCCGAAAGACGAGCAGUUACCGCAAAUUGCUCAAAAAUUGAAGGAGUUUGGAAUUCAAGCGUUACUUAUUAUCGGAGGAUUCGAGGGUUAUCAAACGGGUCUUACAUUCUACAAAGCCAGGGAUAAAUAUGAGGAGUUCCGAAUUCCCAUUGCGAUGAUACCCGCAACUAUCAGCAAUAACGUGCCAGGAACUGAAUUUUCACUAGGCUGUGAUACCGCUCUGAAUGAAAUUACGGAGAUCUGUGAUCGAAUUCGUCAGUCGGCACAGGGUACAAAACGCCGAGUAUUUAUUAUCGAGACCAUGGGUGGAUAUUGCGGUUAUUUGGCCACUGUCGCUGGAUUGGCCGGUGGAGCCGACGCAGCGUAUAUAUUCGAGGAAAAAUUCAAUAUCAAAGAUUUGAAUCAGGACGUGAUUGCAAUGGCAGCAAAAAUGUCCGAAGGUGUACAAAGGGGUCUCAUUUUGAGAAACGAGAAUGCCAACUUGAACUAUAGUACAGAUUUUAUGCAAAGACUUUUCAGCGAAGAGGGAAAAGGUCUCUUCAGCUGUAGAAUGAAUAUCAUUGGACACAUGCAGCAAGGUGGUUCGCCAACUCCGUUCGAUCGUAACUUGGGCACGAAAAUGGGCUCUAAAGCGGUCGAUUGGUUCAGCGAUCAAUUGAAGAAACACACAAAUGCCGAAGGUAUUACGUUAACUAACGAUUCCGACUCCGCAGUGAUGAUUGGUAUAGUACGGAGACAGUAUAGAUUUACACCGUUCUCCGAACUUCUCGAUGUCACCGACUUUGAACAUCGCAUUCCAACGUAUCAGUGGUGGAUGAAGCUGCGGCCGUUAUUGAAAGUUUUAGCGAAACACGAGUCCACCUACGAGGAAGAAGGACUCUAUAUAACCGUCGAAGAAAUGGAUCUUGAUAAUGACCCGCCUCUUGUCUAAGCUACAAAUUUCACGUCACGAAUAUACAGUAUAAGGUAAUGUUCCGUAAUAAACUGUACAAUGUUAAACGUACGUUGAUCGUAGAUGUUUUUAAAGAGUAUGACAGUAUUGUAUGGCAUUAUGUUAAUCAUGUUACGUUGUUACUUUUGAGAAGAAAGGACGAUGAUGCUAAUAGGUAGUUGUAAAGUAGAACCACGACAUUCUACAAAAAUUAAUAUAAGUUGGCUAUUACAUCGACCACUGAAAAAAAUCACUAUGUAUAAGCGUGUGUACCUGUCGUCUACAUAUUUAACGAAUCGAUAAUGAGACGCGCGCGUUGAUAAACUGAAUGUGAACUAUUUAAAUAAACGACAGAUUACUAUACACUAUUGCCAUGGAUAAGAAUGCAGAUCAAUAUCUAUAUCUAUAUAUAUAUAUAUACAUAUAUAUGUAUAGUAAGAGUAUAAAUUCGAAUUUAUGUAUUUUAAAUGCGGUUUAAACUCAGGUGAGAAAUAGGUACAAAAAUAGUACCUGAAAAAAACGCGAAGGUAAGCUAUCAUAUACCUGAAUAGUGUAAGAAAGCAAAGCAAGUUUAUUAGAACACCUGCGUAGAACAACGUUUUCGUUGAUGACAGUUGUAUCCUUAUAGCAGUGUCAUUUGCUAUUCAGAAACGAGCGCAUCAUGUAUGCAUAGUUUCGAGAUCAAAACAUAUUACAACAGAAUGGUAUAUACACAAUGAAAGAAGAUACAUCCGAUUACACAGCCGAGUCCGAUAAUCGCUCCAUGUGGUAUUCGAAUCGAAUACCUGUGAAGCGCUUAGCAUACUUGGCAUCGCGUUCACCCUCAUCCGCGUAGAAUAUUGAACCAAUUUCGGAGAUAUUUAAAGACAAACAAAUGACAUAUUUAGCAGUUAUUACUUAUCCACUGUUAAACGUUGACCGAAGUUGAUUAGAAUAAGAAUGCGUUGUUCUCAUUGCUUCAACAUUUUAAUUGCAACACGAAUCACGGAGUCAUAAAGAAAAUCAUGAAAUCACGAAAUCGGACACACCACCUUCAUGAAUCGCUAGGUCGUGGAUAAAAUAUACUAGGCUAUAUUUGUGGUCUAUUAAUAUAUAAAAUUAAACAUAACGUGGCAUUUUCCUUUGAUGAAAACAUUAUCUUUUGGUUUAGCUUUACCAAUAGCUACGAAAAGCUAUUAAGAAGAAUAUACUUGUCUACCUCGAAACAUAAUUUGCAACGUCGGACGACGCGAAAGGGUAUGCCAAAAGCCCGAGUCGUGCUGGUUGCGUGUAACAUUAAAAGAUUUCUGCUAAGAUUUAAGGCUUGUGACCACAAGAGUAUUUAGAUUUAAUUCUAUUUAUCUGAACGAGUCGUCGUAUAAAUACUAAAAGUAGAUUAUUAUUACUAUUAUUAUCAUUAUCAUUAUUAUUAUUAUUAUUGUCAUUGUCGUCGUCAUGAUUUAUUGUUAUUAUUAUUAUUAUUUUAUUAUUAUCAUUAUUAUUAUCAUUAUCAUUAUUCAUACUGAAAUUCUAGAGAGAAAGGCACGUCAGUUUGCAUUACAUUUAUAAAUUUAUCCAAUGUUAUUGAUACGAAAUUAUACCGAUAACAACGCGGGAAACGUUUUCUAGCGAUUGUCCACUUUAAAUGUAAAAUACGAGUUGCGUGUCGACAGAGCAACGACAGAAAAUAAAAGAAUCUUCCAAUCUACCGUGAUUAAUUGAAUCUUUCAAAUGUAACAGCUCGAUUGUACGAUAAGUAGCAGUAGAGGAAGAAUUGCCGAUUUGAUUCGAGCCGCAAAACAGCUUUCUCAAGGCACGUAUUAAUCGUGUUCAGGCUUGUUCUGACGCGUCGAGUCCUAAUUUUAAAACUACAUUCGUAAGGAAGAUGUAUACGUGUUUAACGAACAAUCAUAUUAAUUGCUUGUUCGAAGAUAUAUUGCUAACAAUUGCGAGUCAUUUAGGAUACUGUGAAGUUAAUAGGUGUUGUCGAGAAGCAAAUAAGUGAUGUUACUAAUCGUUCCAAAUGGACAAUUACUAUAGAAUAAGAGGUGUUUCCGUGAAAAUACGAUCGCAAAGAACAAUAGAAAUUUAAAGACCUCCUGUUUGCACCGUCGACCGUGUAAAUUAGAAACUUCUUUUGGCCUAAUUAUACGACGAUUGGACUAGUAUUGUACUACUAACCGAUAGACGAUUAAAUAUAUAACGGUGAAAGAGAGUAUAUACAUAUAACGUGUAUAUAUAACAAAUACAUAUAUAUUAUUUUUACGAUUGCAGAUAUACAUACAUUAUAUUUUCGACUCAUUGUUGAUCAAUGAAUUUACAGUUUAUCUGUGACGUACACAUAUAGCGUAACAGAUGUGUUAUUUUACUCGAACAUCAAAUUGUUGAACAUAUAUUUUCACCUUACCACCGCAUGACUAUAUUUAUCGUAGUUAUAUUCAUUCAUCAAUAGUUCAAAGUUCGUGCGCGAAGUAUUUGUGGUAAUUGCACAAUUUCAGACCAGGUGCAUAACGGCACAUGGAUUAAGUACGUAUAUAUGUAUCGUGAUCACUGAGAAUGUACCUAAUGCUCUCAAUAAAGUGUAUAUUAUGAUUACUUGUACUUCACAUACACAA